GAGCUCUGCUGUGUCUCUUUAAGUACAGCAGGCAGUGCUGUUGGUCCGUGCGGGAGCGCAGGGCGCACGGUGCGGCGCUGCCUCUGCGCAGCGUCAGACAGGCUUCAUUCUCAUCGGACAGGCGACAGAAAAGACAACUCGACCCACCGCAUGAAACGCUAUGACAGAUGAGAGCAGCGGCUGAAGCGAGGAGGGGCAACUGCGGGGCUCGUGUACAAUUGGAGAGACUGUAAAAAAAAGAAGAAGAAAAAAAAAACAAAAGGCCAUUAACAUUUCUCUGUCCUCCGACUGGAGGCGAGAAGAAGCGGUUUAUCUGCGGUGCAGAGGAGCUACAGCAGAUUACGGAGCAGGACCGAGAGACUGGGAGACCUAAUGAGACUGACCAACUAACCGUAGUUAUCCGUGGAUGAAAGCCUGCCAAUAUCUGCUUUCAGGGAGCGUGGUGCUGCUCAUGUGUGGCUGAGUUAUGGUGGAGAUGAAACAUUAUGUCUGAGCCUCACAGAUGACCAUCCUCAGCUGAGUUGCGUCCGGAGAACCAUCUGCUGGAUCCUGACUCCUGUUUGAGAUGGUGAGUCACGCCUUCUCUCUCCCGGAUCGCCUCAGUGAAUAGUCGCCUGCACAAAGCCGAAGGGAUCUCAGCUCAGCCGGUAAAUAAAAACCCUCUUCCUUCAGCGCAGCGUGGGAGAAAGUGCCACUGGUGUGCCGGUGGGGCAUCUCUGUAGGCUGAUGACUGGAGUGAAAGCAGCGUUGAGCGAUCAUCUUUCACUCAGAGCUGCUCACCUUUCAUCCUGUAGCCCCUGAGCUGGCUGUCAGGUCCCGACCGUCAGCAGAGACGCUCUCACGUGGACACCAUCGGCUGCAAAAUCCCCCCAAAAAAAAUCCUCCUCAUGAGACUGAAGACUCAUACAUGAGGGGAAGAUUAAGGCAUUUCCACUGACUUUUUCCCUGGUGCCCAGUGGGGCUGUGUGGUGGGAGCUGGUGUUGAUUCUUCUGCUUUAUGAGUUUUCAUCACUGGGAAAGAGACAGGGGGAGCCAGCAUGGCCAAGCCUCUGCUGAAGAUACAGCGCUACUUCCGCAGGAAACCUGUCCGAUUCUUUUCCCUCAUCCUCCUCUACCUGACCGCCGGGAGCCUCGUCUUCCUGCACUCUGGCUUCGUCGGGGACAGCGGCCCCGGAGCGCGAGGGAGCCGGGACUCUGUCGUGGCUUCAGAGAUGGGCAGCCGGACUUCGUCGUCAGACACUCGGGGGCUCAGCAUCAUGAGCAGAGUGUUUAAGGAGACACGCAGGUCUGGACGGAGGUUUGGUCCUCCGUGGAUGAAGAAGAGCGUACGUGAGGGCCAUGAGACGGAGGGCAGAGGGGGAGACUACACCAGCAACUGGAACCGUGCACUUAAAGGGCGCAAUGCCAAAGACAUGGACGAUGGAAGAGCAAAGUACACUGGCUGCUACGUGGAUGACACUCAGAAAAGAGCGCUGAGAGGAGUUUCCUUUUUUGACUACAAAAAAAUGACUGUAUUCCGUUGCCAGGACAACUGUGCAGAAAGAGGUUAUAUGUACGCAGGCCUGGAGUUCGGAGCAGAGUGCUACUGCGGUCACAAGAUCCAGGCACCCAACGCUUCAGAGAGUGAAUGCAACAUGGAGUGCAAAGGAGAGAAGAGCAACCUGUGUGGAGGAGCCAACAGACUGUCCAUCUAUAGGCUGGAGCUGAGCCAGGAGUCGGCACGCCGCUAUGGCAGUGCCAUUUUCAAAGGCUGUUUCCAUCGGCCAGACAAUGUCACAUUGGCUCUGCCUUUCAGCGCGAUCAUCCAAAAUAUGUCUGUGGACAAGUGUGUGGACAUGUGCACGGAGAGGGAGAAAUCGCUGGCUGUCCUGGCUGGGGAUCGAUGUUACUGUGGCUUUCCGACUCCUCUCUUCUCCCUUCAUGAGCUGGAGGACGAGAACAUGUGUCUCCAUCGCUGCCAAGGAGAAGAGUUUGAAAGCUGUGGGAACGACAAGUUCUUUGUGGUGUACCAGACACAGGUUCAAGAUAACCGCUGCAUGGACCGACACUUCCUCCCUGCUCGUGCUAAACAGCUGGUAGCUCUCGCCAGUUUCCCCGGAGCUGGAAACACCUGGGCUCGCCACCUCAUAGAGCUCGCCACUGGUUUCUACACCGGCAGCUACUACUUUGAUGGCUCCCUGUACAAUAAAGGAUUUAAAGGGGAGCGUGACCACUGGCGGAGCGGGAGGACGAUCUGCAUUAAGACGCAUGAGAGCGGCAGGAAGGAGAUCGAAGCCUUUGACUCCAGCAUCCUCAUGAUCCGAAACCCUUACAAGGCCCUCAUGGCGGAGUUUAACCGCAAAUAUGGUGGACAUAUUGGAUUUGCCUCGCAGGCCCACUGGAGGGGGAAAGAAUGGCCUGAGUUUGUCAAGAACUAUGCUCCUUGGUGGGCGUCCCACACGUUGGACUGGCUGAAUUUCGGAAAGAACGUCCAUGUGGUCCACUUUGAGAAUGUGAAGAGGGACCUUUUCUCCCAGCUCAAGGGGAUGGUCCAGUUUCUGGGUCUGAAGGUUUCUGAGGAUCGUCUGCUCUGCGUUGAGGGCCAGAAGGACGGAAACUUCAAGCGAUCGGGGUUGCGUAAGCUCGAGUACGACCCGUACACUCCUGAAAUGCGAGCGGACAUCAAUGAACUGAUCAGAACAGUCGACUCUGCCUUGAAGAAAAGAAACAUGUCUGGAGUUCCAGAGGAAUAUAUGCCAAGAUGAUAAAUGUGAUCCAUUUGUUAUCCUUUUGAUUUUUUCCUCCUUUCAUUUGACUGUUGUGUCAACAGACUCUGCAUACUUUGUAGGAUUACAUGACUUCAGUAGUUUGUUUGUUUUUUUCAAUUAUUUUUCGGUGAAUCACAUGAGUUGAAACUGUAGUGAGAGGACAUUGGUCUUUUUAGUCACCUAUUUUCUUUUUUUUAUUCAUCUUUUUUAAUUUUCUGUUGAACCUCAGCAGCUUUGUGCAUUCGUAGGCAGGCAGUUUUAACUGGGGAGGUUUGUUUUCGUCUUUUGCUGAAUGAAAAGCACUUCUUAUCCUGCUCUAUGCACAUGUGCUGUGUCGGCAUGUGCACAUGCCUUAACACAAAAAAGGUACAGUAGCUGUCUGGCUACACAGAGGCUCACCUGACUGCGCUGUGUGAUCUGACGCCAGUGGAAAAACAUUUAUCCCAAAAGAUAUGAUACAAUACUAUAAAACGUGUUGUAUGCGCUUAUUUUGUGCAAAAGAUAAAUAACUCUUAGGAGAAAUUAAAACAGUAAAUUUUCUGCUGCUAUCACAGUUACAGAACUAUUUUGUAUAUGAAGCUCACUGAAACUUUAAAACUUUGUUAGAGGGGAAAAAUGCAAUAUGCAGGGUAUAACUACCUGAUCAAGAUACUGUGUGUUUCCAAGUUUUUGUAAGUUAUUCAACUUACUGUAUGUAGGAGAAGUCAUGUUUUUGAUGAUUAAGAAGUAAAGAAGUUCCUUCUUGGCUCCUCGUAUUGAAGACGAUGAAUAAUCCCUCUUGAAGGCACUGACUCAAGGAGAGAAGAGGAUUAAUGUCUUCAGCUUUUAUUUAUCUCUGGUGUCCAGUGCACAUGCUGACUAAUUUGGUUGUGAAUAUGUUUUCUUAACACUGGACUCAAUGCAAAAAUCCAAAAAGCACUUCACUGUGCAGCAUCUUCCCCAAAGAUCACUGAAGAAUUAGGAAUCACACUCAUGUAUUAGACUGGAGGUUACUUUUAGUAGUAGUGAUUGUUGUAGGUUUAUUUAUGACAGCUAAUCAUACUGAAUGUGAAAACUGUCUUCUUCUUUUUUUUUUUAUUGCUUUGUUGUAAGAAAAGCUUUGAAAUUGUUAAAGCCUGUAAUACUUUUACUCUUCCUCAUUUAAAAAAAAAAAAAAAAAGUAAAAAGAAAAAGCAAUCUCCAGGAAAAAUUCUGCUCAGAUUUUUAGAAAAGCAGCACGUCUUAUAACGGUACUCGGUGUGCUCUGCCAUAUGCUUCAAAAUACACAAAUAUAUAAAUAAAUACAUACAGGAAUAUGAAAUCUAAAAAAAAAAAAAGCACUGGUGACCGCGAACCAGAAAACAUUAACUGACUUCCAUUUUCAGUAUAAUAUAAAUAUAUUUUUAUAGUGUGUGCUGACACAUCAGAAAUAUUUGUAUUGCAACAAGCAGACGGGAGAAGUUGUUUCUAUUUUUAAAACAUGCUUUAUUGGCUCCUGCUUUCAUUGACCAGCUGGCACCUACUGAACAGGUGUCACAUCUGAAUGUAUUUUCUAUGGAAUGAAUGUAAAGUAAUAAGGCCCAAUAAAUGAGUGAAUUAAAUAAA